AAACCGUUGGUUCUCAAGUUCCAAGCUCCAACAGCCACAACCAGAAAAAUGGCUUGGGCUCCUCCUCCUCUGCUCUCUCUCCCUCUCAACCUCCUCCCACCCUCCUCUUCUCCUCUCAACUCCAAAUCCCACACACGCAGCAGCUGGCUCAUAACCACUAGAACAUCAUCAAGAGUCACAGCCAGUGCUUCAGACCAAGACCAAACCAACAACAAAGAAAAACAACAAGACUCACCAGCUUUCAAUCCCUUUGGUUUUGUCACCGAUAACCCCUCAAGCCGUAGCGCCAUUCAGCUCCCUGAUAACCCUGCAGACGAUGGCAAUGUCGGCCAAAUGCUUAACAGAAUAGAAGACAAGGGGAGGGAUUAUGGAAAAUACAUCAGGUCAGGGGAGCAUGUAUGGUUUGUGAGAGAGACUGGAUCAGCUGAUAGCCAACGUGGAACAAUUGUCUUCCUUCACGGGGCUCCCACUCAGUCUUAUAGCUACAGAAAUGUUAUGUCUCAGAUGUCGGACCUUGGGUUCCACUGCUUUGCACCUGAUUGGCUAGGAUUUGGUUUCAGUGACAAACCACAGCCAGGAUAUGGAUUUGACUACACAGAAAAGGAGUUCCACGACGAAUUUGACAGAUUACUAGGUGUGCUGGGGGUCACAUCUCCUUUCUAUCUAGUCGUUCAGGGAUUUCUUGUAGGUUCAUAUGGAUUGACAUGGGCAGUAAAAAAUCCUAGCAGACUAGAGAAGCUUGCAAUUCUAAAUAGUCCACUCACCGUGUCAUCUCCUCUUCCAGGACUGUUUAAGCAACUAAGAUUUCCUCUACUUGGUGAGUUUACAUGUCAGAAUGCUAUUAUGGCUGAGCGCUUUAUUGAAGCAGGUAGCGCUUAUGCAUUGAAGCUGGAAAAGGCUGAUGUGUAUCGGUUACCAUAUCUGUCAAGCAGUGGCCCUGGAUUUGCUAUACUUGAAGCUGCAAGGAAAGCUAAUUUCCAAAGCAUCCUGAGCCAAAUAGCAUCUGGCUUUGCAUCUGGAAGAUGGGAUAUACCGACUCUUGUUGCAUGGGGAAUUUCAGACAAGUAUCUACCUCAAUCUGUGGCGGAAGAGUUUAAGAAAGCAAACCCCAAUGUUGUCAACCUUAAGUUGAUAGAAGGUGCCGGGCAUAUGCCACAGGAGGACUGGCCUGAGAGAGUUGUUACUGCUCUGAGAGUGUUCUUUUAAGUUCAUUGCAAGAAUCCACAUCUAAUCUGGAAAUCGGUAUCAUCGUCCUUAGCUAAUUGCUUAAAGUAAAACAGCUGCAUGACUAGAGAGGAUUGCUAAAACUGCAAAGAAGAUCCUAGGAAUUUCCUUCGCAACUGAUGUGUAAAUAAUUUAGCUCUACUUUUUUGUGUAAAUCAUAUUGUAAACAGUUUUCUGUAAAUUUCCACAGAUUGUGUAUCAGUAUGAGAUUACCAAUGGUCCACAAAUUGUGCAUCAGUACA